AUGACGUUCUACCGGCACCCGAGCUACCCCCAGCUGGCGAUGUGUACCGCGUGCCAUGCUGCUGCUGGGAGUCUGCGCUCCGCAUUCGAGAGCUACGACGCGGCCCCUGGCGCGAGCUGUAUCUUCGACACGCCGCGCGCCAAGGCCCUCCUCCGCGCCGGGGACCGCGGCGCGCUCGAGGCCUUCCUCGGCAAGCGCGCGCGCAUGUCCUGCCCCGGCAGCGAGGGGAGCGCCCCGGGCACGCGAUACUUCCACCCUCCUGGCGCGGACGACGUGAUGGCCUGCGCGGCGUGCUACGAGGACUUUGUGCUCGCUCUCCCCUCUUCCAACUGGGAACAGACGGCAGCCAUGACGGAGUGGACGUGUGACCUUGCCCCGCGCGCCGUCCGCGCCGCGUGGAGCCAGAUCCCGCCCGCUGGCGUCGUCGCGCUCAUGCGCGACCGCGCGCAGAUGCCGCGCUGCUUGGGCGAGCAGGUCCCCGGGUCCACGUACAGCUGGUACACUACGCGCCAGCACGUGGACGGCUUCGUCGCCUGCGACGCGUGCUACCUCGACCUGGUCGCCUUCUCGCCCUACGACGCCGAGUUUGUGCCGCUCGGCCCGCACGACUGGGAGCAGGCCUCGUGCGACAUGCACAAGCUGGCCGACCUGUGGUCGUGGACGCUGGUGGACGGCAACGUGCCCCGCUUCAUCCACUUUGCGCGCGCUGCGCUCGCGGCGCCAGAAUGCAGUCCCGCGGGCGCGAAGCCCGACAACUCGUGGGUUCAGCUGCCCGGGCUCGACUUUGCAGUGUGCCCCGCCUGCGCGGCGAGCUACGUCGAGCCGCUCGGCCUGCAUCCCUUCUUCCAGCGCGCGUCGCCGCCGCCCGGAGUCGAGUGGAGCUGCGAUCUGUGCCCCUCCACCCCGAUGGGCCAGACCAUGCGCACCGCGCUCGCCGAGAGCGUCAGCCUCGGCAGGUGGCGGAUCGACACGCUCGCCCGCGCCGUAGAGGGGAUGCCGCGCUGUCCGCACCACGAACAGGCAACCGGGCAGUGGUUCGGCUUCUCCGAGCUGAGGAUCUGCCCCGCAUGCUGGGUGACCUUCGGGUCGCACACGAGCCUGGCAGGCCGUGCACCGCUGCGCAACGCGCAGGCCACGGGGAUCUGCUCGCUGUGGAGCCCGCGCAUGCGCGCGCUCUGGCUCCGUGCGUGUGCUGGCGGCCUCCCGCUGCCCGUGCUGCUUGGCAUCGCGCGCGAGCGCACCCAGGUGUACGCCGAGACGAUACUCGUCAACGGCCAGAUCGUGCAGGAGGCCGAGAAGGAGCGGCGGAUGGCCAAGACGCAGGCGCAGUUCGGGCUCAACAAGAUUGCCAUGAGCAACAUAUCCUUGGGUGUGAGCAACGAGAGGUGGAGCGCCCCUGGCGUCUUUGGCACGCACGGCAGCCCCAUCGGCAUCGAGGACGACCGACAGUACCACGCCGCGCAGGCAGCGCUCCGACAACUGCCGCUGAAGAACGCUCGGCGUGCUCUCCAGAUCCGACAGAACGUCGAGCGGUGGAACACGGUUGAGUAG